UCAGAGAUGACAAAGAGGGUGAGAUGCGGAGACUGGAGAUGGCGGGCUCUUUGGCUGCAUCAUUUCUUUCUCCUGUGGAGUACAAUAGACGGACAGACCCGGUACACCAUCCCGGAGGAAGUAAAGCAGGGCUCUGUGGUAGGAAAUCUAGCCAAAGAUGUGGGUUUGGGUCUAUCGGAGAUGUAUGAGCGUAACCUGCGCGUCGCCUCCGAGGCUGGUAAGCAGUAUUUCAGCGUGGAUGCGGAGAAGGGCGAGCUGGUGGUGAACAAGAGGAUAGACAGAGAGGCUUUAUGCGGACAAAGCGCCAGCUGCGUGUUGUCACUGCAGGUCGUGAUAGAGAACCCCUCACAAUUACACCGAGUUGAGGUGGAAAUACAAGAUAUUAACGACAAUUCCCCGAGUUUCCCGUCAAGAGUUGUGACGUUAGAAAUAGCGGAGUCCGCGUCUGCGGGGGCGCGUUUUCCUUUGGAGAGUGCGCAGGAUCUCGACGUUGGCAGCAAUUACGUCAGAUCGUAUAGUCUGAGUAAAGACGACUGCUUUAAUUUGAAUAUAAAAGAUGUGACCGGCGGGAGGAAGGUUCCAGAACUAGUCUUGGCGAAACCUCUCGACCGAGAGAAAAAAGCUCUACACCAGCUUCUGUUGACGGCAUUAGACGGGGGCAAUCCGGUGCGAUCCGGAACCGCUCAGAUAACAAUAAAAGUGCUCGACAAUAAUGAUAAUUUCCCUGUAUUUGAGAAAAACCUUUACAAAGUUUCCAUAAGCGAGAACAGCGCAGAGGGCACAUCAGUCAUCACACUGAAAGCGACGGAUAUGGAUGAAGGUUUAAACGGAGAGAUAGACUAUGCCUUCGGGAUGCACACACCGGACAAUGUCGUGGCUGUGUUCGACAUCGACGCUUUAACCGGAAAGGUCACUCUUAAACGCAAAUUAGAUUUCGAAACAAUGACCAAUUAUGAAAUAGAUGUUAUUGCUAAGGAUAAAGGAGCUCCUAAAAUGGAGGGGCAUUGUACUGUUCAGGUAGAGGUGUUAGAUGUAAACGACAACGCUCCAGAAAUUGUACUCAACUCCAAACCCAGCCCCGUGCGUGAGGACGCCCCAAGUGGCACCAUAGUGGCUUUGGUCGCUGCCAGAGAUGUUGAUGCCGGUGAAAACGGUAAAGUAACGCUACAAAUACCCAAAGGCUCUCCGUUUAGCCUGAAACCCUCCUUCUCUAAUAAUUACGCACUGAUGACCAGUGGCGCUUUAGACCGAGAGAGCUUCUCAGAGUAUAAUAUUGAGAUAACAGCCACCGAUGCAGGAUCUCCUCCUCUCUCUAGUAAGAAGGUUAUUCCUGUCACCGUUACUGAUGUGAAUGACAGCCCUCCUGUAUUCUCUCAGUCCUCCUAUAAUGUUUAUAUAAAAGAGAAUACGCUACCAGGCUCAAUACUUUACUCGGUAUCAGCAUCUGAUCUGGAUUUUGGUGACAACGCCAAGAUCUCCUACUCCAUCCUGGACUCUAAAGUACAGGACGUGUCUGUGUCGUCCUAUGUUUACAUCAACUCUGACAAUGGCAGCAUCUACAGCAUGCACUCGUUUGAUUAUGAGAAACUGAAGGUGUUUCAGAUCCAGGUGCAGGCUAAAGACCAGGGCUCUCCGUCUCUGAGCAGCAACGCCACUGUCCACGUUUUUAUCCUGGACCAGAACGACAAUGCCCCCUCUGUUAUUUACCCAUCCCCCGCUAUUCUGGGGUCACUCUCUCAUCAGAGGAUGCCCCGUUCUGCUAAAGCUGGACAUCUGGUUACCAAGGUAACGGCCGUGGAUGCAGACUCGGGCCAUAACGCCUGGAUCUCCUAUAAGUUGUCAGAGGCCACGGACGCCUCUCUGUUCACUGUCAGUCUUUACACAGGGGAGGUGAGGACUAAACGUGCUGUGUCCGAGCAGGACGACUCCUCUCAGAGGCUUCUUAUAGAGAUCAAGGACGACGGAGAACCGGUCCAGUCCGCCACGGUCACAGUGUCUGUUCUCAUUGAGGAUGGACUUCAUGAGCCCAUUCUGGAUCUUAGACACAAAGUCAACGAGCCCAGCAAGAAAAGUGGGAGAAUCACCCUGUACUUGAUCCUCUCUCUGGCCGGGGUGUCCGUACUGUCUGUGCUGACUUUUCUCAUUUUAGCAGUUAAGUGUAUUAAGAACAGCAGGGACAGCGGUAGCUGCUGCAUGAGACGGAGCGACUGUGACGACUACAAGAACCCCAACAGAAACCUCCAGAUCCAGCUCAACACUGACGGACCUAUUAAAUAUGUGGAGGUCCUGGGAGGGGACAUGAUGUCUCAGAGUCAGUCCUUCAGGUCCUGUCUCUCUCCCAUGUCAGAGUACAGCGAUUUCACCCUGGUUAAGCCCAGCAGCACCACUGACUUUAAGGAGAUGAUCAGUGUUUUAGACGCGUCUUUGCCAGACAGCACCUGGACCUUUGAGAGCCAGCAGGUGAGCAGAGAAUUAUAUAUUAGCUUCAUAAAUGUUCCAUAA